AUGUUUCAUAUAUUUCAACAACAAUUAAAAUUAUUUCUGCUAAUCAUAUGUUACUGUUUCAAUUUCAUAAUUGGAAGUCCUGAUCAACUUCGUUUAUUAAGCCAUCUAUUGGCUGAAAACCGAUAUACACCAAUGGCACGACCUGUUCAAAAUGCUUCUCAUACAUUACCUGUUACUAUAAAUUUAUCUUUACAACAAAUCAUUAAUUUUGAUGGAAAGAAUGAAGCUAUUGUUAUGAGUGGCUGGAUGACAAUCAUGUGGAACGAUUAUAAUUUAAGAUGGAAACCAGAAGAGUUUGCUAAUAUUCAAACACUACGAAUACCAAGUACACAAAUUUGGACACCAGACAUUUUUCUAUACAACACUGCCGAUGAAAAGUUUGAUACGACAGUGAAAGUCAAUGCUGUUGUGCAACAUAAUGGUAAUAUACUAUAUGUUCCACCAGUAUUAUUCAAAUCAACUUGUCCAUUUAAUAUUGCCUCAUUUCCAUUUGUAAGAAUCAAUCUAACGGCAGAAAGUAGCCAAGGUCAAUUGGAUGCAUAUGUCAAAAGUGCUCAAUGGGAUCUAGAAGAUUUCUCUGCAACGAACAAUAGUACCAAAUACGACUGUUGUCCAACUGUGUACCCAUACGUACUAUACACUAUCCGAAUGCGUCGACGUUCUCUUUAUUACGUUAUAAAUAUCAUUGUACCUUGUUUUCUUAUUAGUUGUAUGACAAUACUUGGAUUUUUAUUAUCACCGGAUAGUGGCGAAAAAUUAACCUUGCAGAUUACAACUCUUCUAAGUGUUGUUAUGUUCAGUUUACUUCUAGCGGAAAUUCUCCCACCAAGUUCAACUGCUAUACCGAUUAUUACAGUUUAUUUUACGUGUGUUAUGGUCAUGUCAGCAGUUACAGUUGUUGCAUCUGUAAUAAUAUUAUCACUUCAUUUUCGAAACUCUAGAAAUUAUACAAUGCGAUCAUGGGUUCGUAAGUAUAUUUGUAAUUAUUUAGCGUGGCUGUUACGUAUGAAACGUCCUCAUCAUGAUUUAAGUUGGCAUGCGAUUCGUCCUCGAUGGGUUUCUCCAAAACAAGAAUCGAAUAAUAUAAAUGGGCCAAUUGAUAAUUAUCAUUCUAAGAUUCCUUCUGAACCAUUGUCGAACAAUAAAUUCGAGUUGUCAUCAACCAAUGUUAUAAAUGUUGACAAAGAACCUUUAGAAUUCUCUGUAUCUUCAGCAAUGAAAAUUCAUGAUUCUCGUUAUCAUCAGAAUACAUCUAAUGAAUUGUAUACGUGUGAUAUGGAAAUGAUUCGUUCUGAGCUACGUGCUAUUAUUUCUCAACUUGCUAUUCUUAUUAAUUAUUCUCGACAAAAAGAGAAAGAUGAUAAUGAAUCUCAAGAGUGGCAAUUUGUAGCAAUGGUGAUCGAUCGUUUUUGUCUAGUGGUUUUUGCUAUAGUCAUGCUUCUUUUUACCGUACUUACUUUUCUCAACGUUUAA